UGACACGUCUGGGCAGCUGCUCUGCCCCGUCUGGUGUCCCUCAGCCCCGAGGCCAGCCCUCUCUGGCUCAGCCGGAUGCACUAAACUUAGCUUCUACCCCUGACUCGGUCUUCGCCGCCACCUCCCCAGCCCAACUGCCACCUGCCUGGGAGACACUGCCACCAGACCGUGCCCAGGGCACCCACUCCUCAGCCACUGCCAUGUCCCAGACCAAAGCGCUGAAGGUCCGCGCCACCCUCUUCUGCAUCCUGGUGGGCAUCGUGCUGGCCACGGUGGCCGUGGUGACCGACCACUGGGCCGUGCUGAGCCCCGAGGUGAAACACCACAAUGCCACCUGCGAGGCGGCCCACUUCGGCCUCUGGCGGAUUUGCACCAAGCGCAUUGUCAUGACUGACAGCACGGACAAGACCUGCGGACCCAUCACCCUGCCUGGGGAGAAAAACUGUUCCUACUUCAGGCAUUUUAACCCAGGCGAGACCUCGGAGAUCUUCGAAGUCACUACUCAGAAAGAGUACAGCAUCUCGGCCGCCGCCAUCGCCGUCUUCAGCCUGGGCUUCAUCAUCAUGGGGACCACGUGCGCGCUGCUGUCCUUCCGGAAGAAGCGGGAUUACCUGUUGAGGCCCGCGUCCAUGUUCUACGCCUUCGCAGGCCUGUGCAUCUUCGUGUCGGUGGAGGUGACGCGGCAGUCGGUGACGCGCAUGAUCGACAGCGAGCACACCGUGUGGAUCGAGUACUCCUACUCCUGGUCCUUCGCCUGCGCCUGCUCCGCCUUCGUCCUCCUCUUCCUCGGCGGCCUGGCUCUCCUGCUCCUCUCCUUGCCUCGAAUGCCCCAGAACCCCUGGGAGUCGUGCAUGGACGCCGAGCCCGAGCACUAGCCCUCCCGGAGCCCCAGCCCCGCCUUGGGGCUUUCCCUUCGGGAAGCCGAGCCUGGCCCAGAACGUUCUAGAGAGGAGGCGGGAGAUUUCCCUGUCCUCGGUCGCACCUACCCCACGACGUCCGCUGCCGCUUCCAUCUCUGAGCCCUUCUCUGGGCUAUGACAGGCUCCCCUGGGAAUCCAGCAAGUGGACAUGAUCCACACCUGCCCGGGGUGGGAGGGGGACGGCGGGGUUGGCAGGUGCGCAGGUGUCUGGCGAGGACCCACCUUCCCCUGGAGCUGCACGUGGGCCUCGCUGAGCCAGCUGUCUUUAAUAAGCAGGGUCCAGGUGUCCUCCCUGAGCCCUAUAGGGACGCCCUGUGCUCAUUUGCCAGUCCCGGUGCUGCCCGUGUAAAUAGCCAGCCCCUCCCUCCUCCUCUGGGACAAGACACCCUUUCCAGUGAACUGAACGUUCCCUCCUUGGUUUCCAAGACACCUGAGGAGCAUUUUUUAACUGGGUAGAGUCUGACUAUGUUUGAAAUAAAAGCUCUUUGAAAACUUACCUUUUCCUUGCAUCUUGCAUACAAAUUGCUUGGUUGGAUUCCUGACCUUAGAUGGCCCAGGGGCCCCAUGACCCUGAAGUGGGAAGAAAAGCAUGUCCCCCUGGCGUUGUUCCCUACUUUUGUAGGGAAGCAGGUGCAUGAUGGGGAGGGGGGAUGACGGGAUAACGGGGUCUUGUUUACCAAUAAGACUUAGAGGUUCUGAAUUCCAGCUUGGGUCGCUGGGCCCUGGGAUUUUCUCUGGGAGAAACCAGAGACAAUCUGACUAGGCAAGGGUGUUAAAAAUAAGGAGGGGUUAUUUCCAGAGCCCCAGCAUGCCAGCCUCCAAGUGCUAACACAGCACUCCAGCAGCAGCACGGCCCGGGUCUGAUUUCAGAUGCUGGAUUUUUGUUGCAAUGAACAUCAGGAAGCAGGGCUUAGCAGUUAGACACCUAGGGUCCCCCGGAGUGUCGUAAUUUACACUUUCUACCUUCCAAACUCCAUCCUUUUCACCCAACCCUCAGAAAUGGGAAGUCAGACACAGGUGGCAGAGGGGAUCUCCGUGCUCCUUGCCUUGAACAUGCACCAGCAGUCCUGGGGAGCCCUCAUUCCUCUACAGCAGGGGUGGCAAACUUGGCCGGUAGGGCCACACCUGGCCUGCCGCCAGCUGUGAUAUAGUCUGCAAACUAAGAAUGGUUUUUACAAUUUUAA